CACAUGCGUGGGUUUCCUGUACAGCCAUCAUCAUCACCACCGGAGGAAGAAGCCGAGGAUGGUGAUGAUGCUGCACGGCCCAAAGAGGCGUUUUCUCGAGCCCAAAGAGCAUCUUUGACAGCAUUUUGACGUCUUUAUUAUUUGUGUGCGUGUGUGUGUGCGCCAUUGUUGUCGAGCCCUCGAGCCUUUCUCGACGUCCUGCUCGUCACGCCCCAGGAAUGAGUAUAGAAAUCCCCGCGGGGCUGACGGAGCUGUUGCAGAGCUUUACCGUUGAAGUGCUGAGGAGCCAGCCGGGGGACCUGCUCGACUUCGCCCUGCAGUACUUCACUCGCCUCAAGGACCGCGAGAGCAGCCGCAGUCGCCGCCGGGCGCCGCUCGGCCGAGACGGCAACGACGAGGAUGGCGGGGAGCCGCACCGAGCUCACGGUGGUAAGGCGGUCAAUUUCCUCGACGAGGCUAUGCAGAUCGACUCGGAGAACGGAGAAGACCAAAACGACGACGAUGAGGACGACGAGGAGUUUCAAGCGCCCAUAAUAAACAGAUUCAUCAGGAGAGCAUCAGUGUGCGCCGAAGCCUUCAAUCCCGAUGAAGACGACGAGGAUAAAGAGCCACGGGUGGCCCACCCCAAAACGGACGAGCAGCGACAGAGACUACAGGAAGCGUGUCGGGACAUUCUUCUCUUCAAGAACUUGGAGCCCGAAGAGAUGUCCCAGGUGUUGGAUGCCAUGUUUGAGAAGUUCUGCACCCAAGGCCAACGCAUUAUUGAGCAGGAUGGCGACGGGGACAACUUCUAUGUGAUUGAAAGGGGGACCUUCGGCAUUUUCGUCAAAGCGGACGGCGGCGACAAGCCGGUGGGUUGCUACGACAACCGCGGCAGCUUUGGAGAACUGGCGCUGAUGUACAACACGCCGAGGGCAGCCACCAUCGUCGCCAACUCGCCCGGGGCCCUCUGGUGCCUCGAUCGUCUGACGUUCCGCAGGAUCAUCGUGAAGAACAACGCCAAGAAGCGAAGGUUGUACGAGGCCUUCAUUGAAACGCUUCCGCUGCUCACGUCACUGGAGCUCUCCGAGAGGAUGAAGGUGGUGGACGUGAUCUCGACUAAAGUGUACCGUGACGCGCAGCAGAUUAUCGCACAGGGGGAAUUGGCAGAUUGUUUCUACAUUGUGGAGUCCGGCCAAGUUCGGAUCACCAUGAAGAGGAGCAGGACGAAAAAGGAGCCGGACGACGAGGAAGUGGAAAUCGCCACGUGCUCCCGGGGCCAAUACUUCGGGGAGUUGGCGCUGGUCACCAACAAGCCCAGAGCUGCGUCCGCCUAUGCCGUGGGCAGCGUCAAAUGCUUGGCGAUGGACGUGAAAGCUUUUGAGCGUCUCCUGGGCCCGUGCAUGGACAUCAUGAAAAGGAACAUCGCCAACUACGAGGAGCAGCUCCUCAUGCUGUUUGGAAGUCGCAGCGAGAUGGAGCAGCGCUGCGCCUGAGAGCGACGGAACGGCCGGCUUCUCGGUAAAGGGGAAAAAAAAGACGGCGGCGGCGUUCCAGGCGAGACCGUCGCAACGAGACGUAUUUUGCGGUAAAGCGACGUAGGCCAAAGCGGAGUCGCUCCGAGCUCCUUUUCCGUCCGACGGAUCGCCCUUUGCGUGUACAUUUGUCCCGUGUUGGUGUCCCGUGUUUGUCGGCGUAUCGGCUCAAAAGACGCCUUUUGCCCGGGACGGAACGUCCGCGCGCCUCGGCAUUUUUACAGAGCGUUUGUGCCCGGCCGGCAGCCGACUACUCUUCUGUUGCAAACAAAGAAAAAAAGCAAACAAAAGAGCAGAUAGUUUUCUAAGCCUUACCAACACAGUGUUGUCCAAUUUAAUCAUCAUACUACGUACCUUUCAUUGCUUAGGUGUGUCAUAGUACGUGGUGACAUUGAAUUGUUUGAAAUUUUAGUCAUACUCAUAUUUUGGCUGUGUCAGCAAAGCAUCUUUUACCAUGACGCUUAAUGUCUACCUCGACCGACCGCUCAAACCAUUUUCACGUUUGUUUUCCAAUGAACGUGGUGGGAAUAAGGGACGCUUUGUGCAUGUGCUCAGCCCCAAAUCAAUUUCUAAAACAACCUUUCUUUUCAUGCCUCGUGCGCCCACUUUUCUUUUCUUCAACCCAAAUCAAUUGUGCCAUUACUGUAUGCUGUACACUUUUCAUGUCAAUAAAAAACACUUUUUGUAUCAACU